GGAGCAUGCCAAGAACAAAGGUCCGACUUUGCCCCAAUCGAAAGAAAAGAAAAGGUUUUUGAGUUCUAGAGAAUUUUGUUGGGGAGUUUCUUCGGGGUGGGUUUAGGAAUACUUCAGUUUGAGUUUGGAGAAAGGAAAGGAAAAGUUGAUCUGACUGAGCAACAACAGGAUUUAGUCUGAGAUGAGGAUAGUGGGACUUACCGGUGGGAUCGCUUCUGGGAAAAGUACGGUCUCUAAUCUUUUCAAGUCACACGGUAUCCCCGUCGUCGACGCUGAUCUCGUCGCCCGCGAUGUUUUAAAAAAAGACACUGGUGGUUGGAGAAAGGUAGUUGCAGCAUUUGGUGAGGAAAUCUUGCAAAACAAUGGAGAAGUUGAUAGAAUAAAGCUUGGUCAAAUUGUUUUUUCUGAUACUUCCAAACGUCAGCUUCUUAACAAGUUACUUGCACCAUAUAUUUCAUAUGGUAUAUUCUCUGAAAUGUUGAAGCUAUGGGUGAAGGGGCAUAAAGUUAUUGUUCUCGACAUUCCUCUACUGUUUGAGGUUAAGAUGGAUAAAUGGACAAAACCGAUAAUUGUGGUGUGGGUUGAUCCCGAUACACAACUAAAGCGUCUCAUGGCUAGGGACGGAACGUCAUCUGUGGAAGAUGCAUCGAACAGGAUCAAUGCUCAAAUGCCUCUGGAUUUGAAGAAGAGUAAGGCAGACAUAGUGAUUGAUAAUAAUGGGUCUCAAGAAGAAUUGCAGAGAUCCUUCCAAAAGGUACUUGCCCUGGUUGCCAAACCCUUAACCUGGAAAGAAUUUGCCCUUUCAAGACAGGGUGCUUUUCUUGCAUUUGUUUCCAUUUUCGUUGUUGUGCUCACAUCCAAGAUGUUCUUUAAAUAGAUGGUUAUUGUUAAUUUAAUAAGAAC